GGGGGGCUGCCUCCAGCCGGCGAGAGGGCGAGCGCUGUGCUCGUUUGUUUGCAAGAAGACCUCUUCAGGCACCCCGAGCGGCGCUCCCCGGCCUUUUGCAAUAUAGAGGGGAAGCAGGCCAUGGUGAACCCCGGCGGCAGCGCGCAGCCGCCCCCGGUCACGGCGGGCUCCCUCUCCUGGAAGAGGUGCGCCGGCUGCGGGGGGAAGAUCGCCGACCGCUUCCUGCUCUACGCCAUGGACAGCUACUGGCACAGCCGCUGCCUCAAGUGCUCCUGCUGCCAGGCCCAGCUGGGGGACAUCGGCACCUCCUGCUACACCAAGAGCGGGAUGAUUCUCUGCAGAAACGACUACAUCAGGUUAUUUGGAAAUAGUGGUGCUUGCAGUGCCUGUGGACAGUCCAUUCCUGCUAGUGAGCUGGUCAUGAGGGCACAGGGCAAUGUCUAUCAUCUUAAGUGUUUUACAUGCUCUACCUGCCGGAAUCGCCUGGUCCCCGGAGAUCGGUUUCACUACAUCAAUGGCAGUUUAUUUUGUGAACAUGAUAGACCUACAGCUCUCAUCAAUGGCCAUUUGAAUUCACUUCAGAGUAAUCCACUACUGCCAGACCAGAAGGUCUGCUAAAAGGUCAGAGUAAUGCAGAAUGCGUGCCUUCAUCUCAAAUUUUGUUCAUCACAGAUGGAUCCCAUGUCUCCAAGUAGACAAGUCACCUUUGUAGCUAGCAUCAAUGCCAGCUCCAUACCAUUGCACCUUCUUUAUUCUUGAUUGCCCUUCCCACAUUUAUUGGUGUAUUAAAAUGACUGAAUAUGAACAUUAAGGACUCCAUGAACCUGGGCUAAUGGGAGACUGUAGAGAAAAUGA